UUAUGAGGUAAUCUAACAAUGAAAAGCCUCUUCCUGUACAAGGAAGUUCUAUUAAUAGACAAUUCUACUAUAAUCUCCUAUCUCUUGAGAAGGCCAUAAUCAAAGAACCACAACUUGAUGCUGUGCAAUAGGCUCUUGCUAUGUAUAGGUAAAUGAGUGCAUAUUAUCAUCAAUAGAAAGUGCGUGGAGUAUUUUGAUAAUAUACAGGAUCCUAUCAAAUAUUACUUUUUGGAUAAGAUUCAAUAGGCUUUGAGUGAAACCAAAACACUUAUGCUCAUUAUCAAUUCCAGAUCAGAAAUUGAGUCUUCCAAGACCAUCAGUCCUGUGAAGAGAUCCUCCAUCUCAGACCUGCCUCCCCCACUUUUGUCCGAUCAAUAGAUUAUGGAUAAGAAACUCAGAUCCAAAUAAGUGACCCUCUAAAUCAAGUUGCAUGAAGCUGCUGAUUAGCAAUGUAUAAUCCAUUCGCAUUUAUUCUAGCUGAAAUGCUCAAUACUAUGGUCACAGAUUUUACAACUAAUACUACAAGUACGGAUCAAAAGGUUAGAUAGGAUUUGAAUUAACAAGCAGACAUAAUACAAGCGAGAAUACUCAAGAGAUAGCAAAGUACUAAAAUGAAAGGUUGUUCAUCGAUGCAAACAUUGUUAUGAUUAUUAUAUAUAUAUUUAGUAUUUUGAUGUAAUAUCCUUCAGGAUUUGUUAUAUGA